AUGAUUGGCUUUCGGCCGUCCCUUUCCACUCAGGAUGCCAUGAAGCUUAUUAAGUAUGAGAUCAUCGAUAGGAACACGAGGGACGUCAGGACCAUCUUGGGUUUAGAUCUAGAGAAGGCCUUCGAUAACGUCUCGCAUGCCCACAUACUAGAUUCCAUCUCGGAUCUGGGCCUAGGCCAGAGCUUUCACGCAUUUGUCGACUCGUUUCUCAGACACAGAAAGGCCACGCUAAAGAUUGGGCACCUCAAGUCAGAGCCCAUUGAGCACGGCUCGAGGGGGACGCCGCAGGGUUCGGUAGUAUCUCCACUCCUGUUCAACAUUGCCAUGUGUAAAUUGUCUCAGAAGCUCUCGGAAGUCGAGGGCAUCAACCACACUCUAUACGCGGACGACAUCACCAUAUGGUGCGUCGGAGGCUGCGAGGGUAGGGUGGAGGAAGCACUUCAGGAAGCGCUGGAUCGCAGAGAGGCUUUCCUCGCUGGGGCGAGACUUCGCCUCUCCUCGAGCAAGUCGCAGCUAUUUCUGUACAGAUCUAGUAGGAGGGGGGUUAAGCCCAAGGGCUGGGUCCCCCUGUCGGAAGUUAACCUUGCACUCCGCACGAGCGAUGGACACCUCAUUUCCAGAGUUAAGGUAAUCAGGGUUCUCGGAAUGCUCAUCGAGUCGAACGGUUGUAACCAGCACACCAUCGCCAAAAUUACCGCAAAGACAGAUAGCAUGAUACGGUUAAUUACUCGGGUUUCAAACAGUCGCGGCGGCAUCAGGGAGGACAAUCUCUUGAAGCUCUUCCACGCGUUCUUGAUGAGUCACAUCACGUACGUGGCUGCCAUGCACUGCUGGCAGAAUCACGAAAAGACGAAGCUUAAUUUACUUAUUCGCAAAAGCAUCAAGCGCGUGCUGGGUAUUCUGAUGAAUGCCAGCACAGAGAGGCUCAUGCAGCUCGGGGUUCACAACACGUUAGAGGAAAUCGAGGCGCAGCACACGGCUCAGACUGCCAGGCUGUCUUCUUCGGCCGCUGGAAGGGAGAUUCUGGCGCUUCUGGGCUGUAAUCCAUCGCUGGAGGAAGAACGCAAGAUUUGCCCAACCAAGGAGCAGAGAGCCGGUAUAACUGUCUCGUGCAUCCGAAGCACAAUGUGGGCAGGCGAAGCGCCGGAGGCGAGGCCCUACUAA